AUGGCACUGAGUAAAUAUGGGGUGAAACACAAAGUGGCAACCCCAUAUUAUCCCCAAACAAGUGGCCAAGUCGAAGUGUUGAAUCGGGAAAUCAAAAGCAUAUUGGCAAAGACAGUAAAUGUCAAUAGAACUGACUGGUCUAGGAAACUUGAUGAUGCACUAUGGGCAUAUAAAACACCUAUCGGUAUGUCUCCAUAUCAGUUGGUUUAUGGUAAGGCUUGUCAUUUGCCCGUUGAGUUAGAACACAAGGCACUGUGGGCAUUGAAAGCUUUAAAUUUGGACUGGUCAAAAACUUCAAGGGAGAGAAUAGAGCAGUUGAACGAACUGGAUGAAUUAAGAAUCAGAUCAUAUGAAAGUUCAGCCAUCUAUAAAGAGAAGAUAAAUAAAUGUCAUGAUGCUCGGAUACUCAAGCGGAACUUCAAGGUGGAAGUACACGAGGUGUUUGAAAAAGUAAAGGAUGGCAAACAAUAG